GCGCAAGUUGUACGUGCGCAUCUUGCAGUGCGCAAGUUUCGUCGUGCGCAAGUUUCCGUGCUAACAUCACGUUUCGUUGGUAUUUAUCUUUUACAAGUUGAACAAUGGAUUCGAAUAUUAUCUUUAAUUUCUGAUGUAAUUAAAUUAUGGACAAUUGUACAACAAAAAUGGAUGUAUCUUGAAAAUAUAUUUAUUGGUUCUAAUUUACAAUUUGGUGAAGAUGCUAAACGAUUUGAUACAGCUGAUAAAUUAUAUCGAAAAAUAAU